AUGAAUCCUCAAUUGCAAAAUUUAUUAAAUGAGUUGCGACAAAGCAGGUUCCUGCCUAAAACCUGGGGCACCGUCAUCGGCAGCGGAGAGCGGCGCCACCCCGGCCCGCACCCGCGGCAGUACGCCCAGGUUGCCGGGUUGCCAGCCGAACCAAACUUCCACAACACCAUCGCUGGUGUCGACAGUGGUAGCUUCGAGCCGCGCGCCCCCGGCCCGCAUCCGCACCCGCAUCCGCACCCGCACCCUCAUCCGCAGCCGCGCCGGCAGGCGCAGGAGUCGCAGGACAAAUCAACGUCGGAAGACUCGAACUUCAGCAACACGCAUUUCUGCCCAAUGCCAGGCACGGCGCAAAAAGGGGCCACUCUGGCCCAGGAGAGCGAUUACCCGUGGAUUGCGCGGGUGAUACAUGCGCCUCCCAAUGCGGUCAUGGCACCUCUUAUAUGCACGGCGGCUGUGAUCUCGCAUAGAAUCUUCAUUACCGCUGCCAGAUGUAUUGCUACAGCUAAAACCGACUACACAACUGAAGAUUCACCGGAGACUCAUGAGCUUUACACGCUUGAAAAUACGCACACGAGCAACAGAGUCUGCAACGAAAUAUACCCAGUGACGAAGAACUCUCGCGAUUACCGGGUGCCCUGCGUCCAUUCCUGCGGCCCCGAAGAACACGACAUGAACAGGGAGAAUUGCCGCCGCUACCUGCUUGGACUGGGGCACAUGGUUGUCGACGAACAAACCAAAGAACUGAUCGUGACGAAGAACUCUCGCGAUUACCGGGUGCCCUGCGUCCAUUCCUGCGGCCCCGAAGAACACGACAUGAACAAGGGAGACUUGCCGCCGCUAUCUGCUUGGACUGGGGCACAUGGUUGUCAACGAACAAACCAAAGAACUGAUCGUUACCACAAACUCAGCAAGCAAGACAUAAAGCAAGACAAACCGGAAAAGAUGGCUGACUGGGGCAGCGGCUCGAGGACAAGGUACAAGGCUGUGCUUUCGGAGCAGCAAUCUUCUGUUGCAUUUGAAGACGAGGCAAUAGACCUGGCCGUCAUAGAGGGCCAGCUGCUCCCCUGCCGUGUGACGCACUUCGAGUCGUGCGAGAAGUUCUACGUGCAGCUGGACAUGGAUAAGGCGUCGCUGGUCGAGAAAGCCAUCGCGAACUACGACGUCAACUUGUUGAUACCGCUAACACAAGAUACUAUAACGGACGGCAUCCACUGCGCAGUGAAGCACGAGGGUAAAAUCUACCGCGCCAUCUUGAACGACACGUCAGACGCAAACAACGUCGUCGCCGUGUUGCCCGACUAUGGCAACACUGUCACCACAUCAUUGGCCAAUUUGAGUAUCCUGCCAACAGAACUGAGGGUAUACCACUACGAGUCCCAGGAGUGCUGCCUCAAUAACUACACGCCCGAGUCCUACAUGAUUAUGCCGCUUGAGGAGCUGAAGACGGCCCUCACUGGCAACAAGUUCAUUAUAUACGUGAACGGUGUUGAGGGGGACCGCCUGGCGACCGUCCUGUACGACAUCAGCACGGGCAAGCAGCUGAGCAUCUUCGAGCCCUACCUCCAGGGCGAGAGGUUGUGCGCGCGCACAGUCUUCAACUACAACUUCGGUCUUUGCACCGUGCAGCACCUGCAGGGCCUCAACGAGAUCUACCUGCAGAAGAUGGCGGACAUCGAAAAGGUGCAGCAGCUGCUGGGCGAGCUCUACGUUUUCUACGAUGAAGGUACACCGGAACCGCUCGAGGAGUUCGAACCCGGCACCCUGUGCGCCGUCAAAUCGUCCGACGGCAACUGGUACCGCGCCAUCAUCAUCAUCGGCAUCAACCGCGACGCCGACGUCACCGUACAGUUCCCCGACUACGGCAACAAGGAGACCGUCCCCAAGGACAAGGUUAAAAAACUAGACCCUAGUUUCUUCGAACCGUGCGCUCGGGCUCUCGUCGCGAAGUUAGGACUGGUACCACUCCGCCACGACGCGGUCACCGAGUUGUCCAAAUGGACUUUAGACAAGGAGGUGCAAGUCACGCUCGUAUACGAAGACGGCUGGCUCGCCACUCUACACCUGGACGGAGCGGACUUGUCCAUGAAACUGGUCAACGAGAAGCUGGCCACCCCGGAGGUGAGUUCCGAACCCGUGCCGCUUCUCAGCAACGCGGUGCUCCAUUUCCAGAUGCCCGACAAGGUCGGCAAGAUCGAACAGAUCCAGGCCGAGCUCGCGGCCGCCGCCGACACGUACGAGGACCUGCAGACGCUCGAGUUAGGCACGCCGUGCGUCGCCAAGCACUUCGCCGACGGCCUCUGGUACCGCGCCCGGGUGCUCUACCCCGACAACAAGAAUACCGCCGUGCGCUUCAUCGACUACGGCAACCUCGUCGUGUUCCACAAACGGCGUGGCCUCAUCAAGAAAAUGCCGGAGAGUAUGUACGUGACGUCGUGCCCACCCGCCAGUGGUUCGAGGCGCUCGUCGACCUGCUAGUGGCCGUACCCCGUGCGCAACCACACCGACCGGCACGUGGCGCAGGGCUCAGAGCGUGAGCCCUCAGAGCGUUCUGCGUGCAGCUCAAGCAAAAAUACAUUCUCCUAAACGGGACACUCCAUCUUCAACCCCGAAAAGAAUUAUCACUUUUUAGUUUUUAGUUUUAUCAAAAAAACUAAAAACUAAAAAGAGAUAAUUCUAAAGAUUCCAUAAAUAAUAAGAGAACAAUACUGCACCUAGCGUUAAAUCAAAUGAUGUCAGUAAAAUUAUAGAGUAACUUAUUUGCGGUACUGUCAUAGUAAAUUUUGUAACCCCAGUAAAUUCACUGCCAUCUGUCGGCACACUUUAAAACUAAAAAUAAAUAUUUAUAAAAAUACGAUAAUAUGUAUUUAAAUAUGGAUAAAUGAUUUUUUUAUUUGCAUUAUAUAUUUUUAUAUGAUUUCGACCCAUGUUCUUUCACUGGUAUGCGUUAAAAUUAUAAAUAACAAACGAAACAGUCAACGCCCUCUAUACGAGUGUGGGCCAAAACUAGUGGCGCCAUCUGAUCGAGAACCAAAUUUUCGUGAUUUUCGAGGCACGUUUUUUCCUUAGACUGUAUCCAUCUAUUACGGGUAUUAGAUAUAUUUGGUAAAAUCGAAGAAAUUAAAAUCGAUAUUGAUAAUAGUUAUAUUUUUAUAUAUAAGGUACAAUAAAAUAAUUGUUGUAAUAAUAGUAAUUUACUUUAUACACAGUGUAACAUGAGGAUACCGAAUAAUUUUAACAGCGUAUUCCUGAUCAUGUUUAAAGACUAAAAUGUCCUAUAAACUUUUCUGUAAUUUGCCUAGUUUCAGAGUUAAUACCAAUUUAAAAAAACAAGUUUUUAUUGUUACAUAGUGCAAAACGCAUUUUUGAUGUCGAUGUUGUCACUGUGGGACGUAGUCUAAGCAAUGAGGAUAUAAUUAGAUAGAGCGGUACUGUCAUAGUAAAUUUUGUAACCGCUGUAAAUUCACUGCCAUCUAUCGACAUACUUUAAAACUAAAAAUGAAGAUUUAUAAAAAUACGUUAAAAUGUAUUUAAAUAUGGAUAAAUGAUUUUUUUAUAUGAUUUUGACCCAUGUUCUUCCAUUGAUAUGCGUUAAAAUUAUAAAUAACAAACAAAACCGUCAACGCCCUCUAUACGAAACUAGGCCAAAACUAGUGGCGCCCUCUGAUCGAGA